AUGAGCAAGUAUACGUUGUCGUUCGGUUUGCUUCCGUUAGAACUGGAUUCUGAUACGAAGCAUCUUUUGCCCAUCAGCUCAAUUACAAACUUAGAUUCUACUGUGAUAACUACUGGACGUGAUGGGAACGUAGUUAUUGAAGAGACUCAGACGAAGUUGGCUGUGCAUAGCGAUUGGAUCAGUGGCAUAGCUUGCCUAUCUGCCGCCAAAUUUUUAACGGUGUCUCAUGAUUUCACUAUCUGCUACAACUGGAAAACGACUAUUUGGAACCAUAAGAUUGUCGGCUACCAUGCUGACUAUGUGAAGGGGAUAGCUUUAAUAGGAUUAGAAGACAUGAAAUGCAGAUACGCCACGGUAGGUUUGGAUAAGAAGCUAAAGAUCUGGGAACUGGAUCUUUUUGAGGUGGAGAACGAGGAAGACGUUGAAGCUAAAUUACUUGGAAAAUUCGAUAACACCACGCAUCAUGAUGCAGGGUCUAUUUAUUGCCUGACUGCUACGAAGGACGUCAUUAUCUUUGGAGAUAACGAAGGCCGUUUAAGCUGGUACGAUAUAAAUAGUUACAGUGUGAUAAGAACCAUAGAUGACGCAGCUGGUGUGAACUUAAAGACUUUGAAGCUUUUAGAUGAUGAAACAACCGUUCUUAGUACAAGCGCAGAUGGAGAGAUCAAACUUUGGAAUGUUGAAAGUGGCAAAUGCCUUUGGACCAAACAGUUGUCGCACGCAAUAUGGUCGGUAGAAGGAACGCUUUCUAAAGAUUUAUUUCUUGGCGACUGCAUGGGUAAUAUAACGCAACUUCAAGGUAAUCAGAUAUCUGUUAUCUACAAGCCAAGCGAUUGCGACACAAAAACAGGUGGCAUUCUGGCAAUGGCCAUUAUAGAAGAUGUGUUGUGGUUCUCCAGAUCAGGAAAUUCGGAUCUAAACAAGUUGAACUUGUUGAGUAAGAAGCUCACGGUUAUAGAAGGUGGCCAUGCACUAGUGCGGUGUUCUUUGUUGACAAACCGCAGACAUGUCAUCACGGAAAAUACAUCCGGUGAGUUGGAGAAGUGGGAUAUUGUUUCUUGUGAGCUGGUUGAAAAAAUCAGCCGAGACGAAGGUAAUUUCGAUGAGGUGGUCAGAAAACUGAAUCCCAAAGAAGUCUUACAGCACUGGUGCUCCGUUUCGAUAAAACGAGGCAUUCUUUUUGUAAAGAUCAAUGAACGUUUCCUGAAUACCGAAGUAUACGGAAGUGCCCUCACCGAUUAUGUAAUAGUCAACGAGGAUAAAGUUGACGAAAUUAAUUUGGACGAAAGAUACAAUUUGGGUCGUAUAGCUGUCAAUUCAUUAUUACAUGGUUUUAUUGAUUAUGAAUUGGCGAAGGAUAAGAAAUUCAGAGAAGAUAUUUCUUCCACAAAGAAGCAAACUCCUCCAUCUACUCCAAAUCUAUUAAGAAGACACAACUCAAUGGCCUCUGACCAUACGAACCCUGAUCAACAUAAAGACAACAAAAGUAUCAAGGAGAAAAGACGAUUAUCUAUAUUUACCAAGUUCACUCAAUCAAAUAACACUACCCCGCAAAGUUCGGCCCCCAACACCCCCAAUGGUAUACCUGACGUCCCACAUACAUAUCACGGCAUAAUCGAAGAAAGCGAAGAUGAGAUGGGAAUGAUGUUACCUGGCCCAGCAACUGCUCUACCUACUUCAUCGAAACCGGCGAACCUCACUUUGACAAGGUCUGUUACUGAACAAAGUAUCGAGAGAUCUGCUACACCUUCAAGCACAUUUGGUUUCCAUAACAGAUCAUCGAGGGUAAAACUAGAAACUAACAGCAUCGAUGACCUUCAUAGUAUCUCUUCUACUGGGAAUGGUGAAGUGAACUUCAAAUUCAAUUCAAAGAGUUUUUCCAAAGAUCUGUCUGAACGAAAGCCAGGACUUUUCUUGAACGAAUAUAUCGAAGAAGUUUAUCACGCUUAUUUGAAACAGGCUCCAAACUCCUCAUCAACGUUCAUGAAGUUUGGGAGGCGGAUCCCCGAGACUUUGUUCAUCAGAGACUCAACUAGACCCGUGAUACAAAUCAAGAGUGGAUGCAUUCUCACGGUCAACCAUUGGAAAGAGGGGUCCACAGGGGAAACUAUUGCAUUUUCCACAUAUCUCCCACCCCCUACAUAUACGGCAAACGACUUGAUCGAUAACUACCAUACUUAUGAAUCAUUAGAAAGACAUCUCCCGAUAUGGCUUGGAAAGAUUCUUUUCAAAGAGGAUAAAGUCAUUAAGACGUACCCAAAAAUCACAUUCAUCAUCCAGCCUUGGAAGGACGAGGCUCAUUUAUCGGAGGAAACGCAACAAUCGCCAGAGGCUGAAAGACUAGUAGUAGAACAUAAAAGAUCAGGGUUCCACAAAAAAUCUAAACCACCUGAAUCACCCUUAAUGCUACCGAAGAUUAACGAUAGCAAUGUUAGAUUAACAGCUGCAAAUAUGAUAAAGGCAAAAAAGAUCAAGACUUACAUAGUGGAUAGAUUCGAAUCAAAGACACCUGAGAUGAAAAACAAAGAAGAUCCAAGCGAAUGGUUAGAAAUCUUGUGCAAAGGAACAGUACUAGAAAACGAUAUCACCCUGAGUGCUAUACGCACUUUAUACUGGAAAUCAAACACAGACAUUGUUCUUGAAUAUAGACGUAAACCGACUUAA